AUGCGGUUGUUCAUCCGCCGCCUGUUCGCGAUUGGCUUGUUAGCCACUGCCGCCCAUGCAUAUGCUUCCAGCAGGUCGGCAAUGCUGCGCACAGUCGUCACGACUGACAUGGAGCAGGACGACUUAGCGUCACUAAUCCGAUACCUACUCUACACCAAUGAGCUCGAUACACAGGGUAUCAUCUACUCCUCUAGCAAGAUUCACUGGAGCGGUGACGGCAAUGGCACAAGGUUUUUCCUGCCUGACCGUGAAUAUACCUCCCCGCAGUGGUCAUGGCGCUGGACCGGCACGCGGACUAUCCAAGAUAAAGUGCUCCAAGCAUACGCAGAAGUUUUCCCAAACCUGCUUUGCCAUGAUCCGUUCUACCCGACACCAGACGAGCUGCUGUCCAAGGUCAAAAUCGGUAAUAUCGACUUCGAGGGCGAAAUGGAUCACGACACGGAUGGGUCUAACCUCAUCCGCUCGUUGUUGCUGGACGAAGACCCGCGGCCGCUCUACUUGCAGGCAUGGGGUGGCACCAACACUAUCGCCCGUGCUUUAAAGUCCAUCGAGGAGCAAUACUCGGGCUCGCAGCAGUGGACGGAGACCAAGGACACAGUCUCCCGUAAAGCUGUGAUCCUGGCUAGCGCCUUUCAGGACGAGACAUAUGCGAACUAUAUUUCCCUCAACUGGCCACAGGUCCGCGUCGAGCAGAUGGUGGCCGGAUAUAGCACCUGGGCCUACAACUGUGAUAAGGGCCAGGGCAACGCCCAUGGCUUGCCUGAAUCCCGCGUAUACUUCACCGGUGACUGGAUCAAGGCGAACAUUCAAACCGGACCGUACGGGAAGCUGUACCGUUCCUGGCUCGACGGCCAGUCUAUGCCAGGUGACCAGCUGGACAUUUUCGGCAAUCUGACUACGGCGCGAACGUCAACCUUUUGUCAGCCACUAGGUCCGUACGACUUUUUGUCCGAAGGUGACAAUGUGGCGUUCAACCCGCUACUAACGACCGGUAUUCAGGACCCGAGCAACCCAAAUCUCGGUGGUUGGGGCGGUCGAAGUAUCCAGAAUAGCACCUCACCGAACCUGUGGGAGAUGGUUGGAAGCGAGAAGAACCAGACCGGCGCCGAAACCGAUAACUACACAACGGAUCGCUGGGCUGCGUCCAUCCAGAACGACUUUGCGGCUCGCAUGCAGUGGACAUUGACACCGAACUAUGAACAUGCCAACCACCCACCGUCGGUGGAGAUCCUGAACGGAACCACAGUAAAGGCGUAUCCUGGGGCGACUGUGGAGCUAGCCGGUGCAGUUAGCGAUCCAGACCUCGACAAUGUCACCACAUCCUGGUGGCAGUACUUCGAAGAAGGCACAUACCCGGGAAGCGUGACUGUUACUGAAUCCGACAACCACCGAGCAGACGUGACAAUCCCAGCUGAUGCAAAAACUGGCCAAACUAUUUCAAUCAUUCUCCAAGCGACAGACAAUGGGCAAUUCCCAUUGACCCGCUAUGGCCGCGUUUUUAUCCAAGUCAUCUAA